AUGAACCUGAAGAAGUACCUGGUGCGGGCGCUGCACCGGCUGCAGAAGGGCCCCGGCUACACCUACAAGGAGCUGCUGGUCUGGUACUGCGACAACACCAACACCCACGGCCCCAAGCGCAUCAUCAAAGAGGGGCCCAAGAAGAAGCUCGUCUGGUUUUUCCUAACGUUGCUCUUUGCGUCUCUGGUCUUCUGGCAGUGGGGCAUCCUCAUCAACACCUACCUCUCCUACAAUGUCACCUCCUCCCUCUCCAUUGGCUUUAAGACCAUGCAGUUCCCGGCGGUCACGGUCUGCAAUGCCAACCCCUUCAAGUACUCGGAGGUGAAGCAUCUGCUGAGGGACCUGGACAGGCUCAUCGAGGCAGCGCUGGAGAGGAUCCUGCAGCCCACAGCGGGGAACAGCAGCGAGAACGGCUCCGCUCCGGGGAAUGGUAGCGAGAACGGUUCCGCUCUGGGGAACGGCAGCGAGAACGGCUCCGAGCCGCUCAACCUGGAGCUGUGGCACCAGAUCCCCCUGGUCCUCAUCGACGAGCACGACAAGGACAACCCCGUCAUCCUGGACAUCUUCGAGAGCAGCCAGCCUGCGGGGGGCAACCACAGCUCCGUGGGCAACGAGACAGCUGCUCCGGAUGCCCCCGCCAACGCCACGCUGGAGGAGAAGAAGUACAAGCUGGCGUGCAGCCACCAGGGCUCCGAGAACUGCACGUACCGCAACUUCUCCAGCGCAGCGCAGGCAGUGACCGAGUGGUACAUCCUGCAGUCCACCAGCAUCCUCGCCCGCGUGCCGCUGCAGGACAGGAUCCGGAUGGGGUACCAGGCGGAGGACAUGAUCCUGGCGUGUCUCUACGGCGCUGAGCCCUGCAACUACAAGAACUUCACCCAGAUCUAUCACCCCGACCAUGGCAACUGCUACAUCUUCAACUGGGGCAUGGACGAAGAGGCACUGAAUUCUUCCAACCCCGGAGCCGAGUUUGGGCUGAAGCUGAUUCUGGACAUCAGCCAGCAGGACUACAUCCCCUUCCUGUCCUCGGCGGCCGGCGCCCGGCUCAUGCUGCACCAGCAGAAGAGUUUCCCCUUCCUCAAGGACCAGGGCAUCUAUGCCAUGGCCGGCACGGAAACCUCCAUCGGCGUGCUGGUGGAUGAGCUGGAGCGGAUGGGCUAUCCCUACAGCGACUGCACCGUGAACGGCUCUGACGUCCCCGUAAAGAACCUCUACAGCCAGUAUAACACCUCCUAUUCCAUCCAGGCUUGCCUGCGCUCCUGCUUCCAAACCCACAUGGGUGAGAGCUGUGGAUGUGGCCACUACAUGUUUCCCUUGCCCGAAGGGGUGAAUUACUGCAAUAAUGAAGAUAACCCGGGCUGGGCAUACUGCUACUCAUCGCUGCGAUCGAGCAUACGGCACAGGCAGAUUUGUAUCGACUCUUGCAAGGAAACGUGCAACGACACCCAGUACAAGAUGACCAUCUCCAUGGCAGACUGGCCGUCCGAGGCCUCGGAGGACUGGAUUUUCCAUAUCCUGUCCUACGAAAGGGAUAUGUCGACCAACGUGACUCUGGACAGGAACGGGAUCAUCAAGCUGAAUAUUUACUUCCAGGAGUACAAC